ACGAGACUACGUGUGACAUCAUAAUAAAAUGGAGGUACUGUUAAAGUGGUUGAUUUGACUCCAAUUUCCUAAGUCUACGUUUUUAAGUAAAUUUUUAAAGUGAUUUCGAGUAAAAUACAUAAUCCCGGGUUUUAAAUUGUUUAUUAUUAAUAUAACCGAUGACGUAUAUUUUAAAAAAUGCCGGCUAAAGUAUCUAAAAAGGUUGUAGGGAUGAUAAUGAGAAGCAGGAAGACCAUCAUGAAGGAUGGAUUCAUUAACUCAGGGAUAGGUGAACCUACUGUGUAUCAUGCAUUGGUUGUGAUUUUUUUAGAAUUUUUUGCUUGGGGUCUACUUACUUCGCCUAUGAUUGUUGUGUUAAAUGAAACAUUUCCUAACCAUACUUUUUUGAUGAAUGGGUUAAUUGUGGGUAUAAAGGGUAUUUUAUCUUUUUUGAGUGCUCCUUUAAUUGGAGCACUUUCUGAUGUUUGGGGUCGAAAACUAUUUCUUCUUCUGACAGUUUUCUUUACCUGUGCCCCAAUACCUCUCAUGAAAUUAAAUACAUGGUGGUAUUUUGCAAUGAUCUCAAUUUCUGGAGUUUUUGCUGUAACAUUUUCUGUUGUGUUUGCUUAUGUAGCAGAUGUCACUGAAGAACAAGAACGAAGUGCAGCAUAUGGACUCGUUUCAGCUACUUUUGCUGCCAGUCUUGUAACAAGCCCAGCUUUGGGUGCAUAUUUAGGACGUGCAUAUAGUGAUAAUUUGGUUGUUGCUUUGGCAUCAGCAGUUGCUCUUUUAGACGUAUUCUUUAUCAUGGUUGCUGUACCUGAAUCACUUCCAGAAAAAGUGAGGCCUGCUUCUUGGGGUGCCCCAAUAUCUUGGGAACAAGCCGAUCCUUUUGCUUCACUAAGAAAAGUUGGAAAAGAUCAUAUGAUCCUUAUGUUGUGUAUAACAGUGUUUCUAUCCUAUCUGCCAGAAGCUGGUCAAUACUCUUGCUUCUUUGUAUAUCUUCGGCUGGUCAUGGGAUUUUCUGCUGAUGAGGUAGCUCUCUUUAUUGCUGUUGUUGGCUUACUUUCUGUGAUUGCACAAACUGCAGUUUUGACAAUGCUAAUGAAAACAGUUGGCAGCAAACACACUAUCAUGAUAGGUUUAUUGUUUGAAAUGUUGCAAUUGAUGUGGUAUGGCUUUGGAUCUCAAACAUGGAUGAUGUGGGCUGCAGGUGUUCUGGCAUCUGUUUCUAGCAUUACAUAUCCAGCUAUUAGCUCUUUUGUUUCAUUACAUGCUGAUGCAGAUAAACAAGGAUUGGUUCAAGGAAUGAUAACUGGAAUGAGGGGAUUAUGUAAUGGUUUAGGACCAGCUGUAUAUGGAUUUAUAUUCUAUCUCUUUCAUGUUGACUUAAGUGAAGAUGCCAUCAGCCAUGCCACUGCCAAACAUAGCCGGCUGCACGAGGUGAUUAAUGGCACAUUUGUUUAUUCAGAAGAAACACAGCUUAUACCAGGACCACCUUUUGUAUUUGGUGCUUUUCUUGUGAUAUUAGCACUCCUCGUAGCUGCCUUCAUUCCCGAUUCGCACAACUGCAAUGGGGCAAGAUCCCCAACUCAUCACCACCAUCACCAUCACCAUCUCCACCACCGAAGUAACACACACACAUCAAUAUCACCUGCAGCUAGUACGUCAGACUUGUUUCAUUAUGAUAUAAUUCACAAACGAACUGAUGGACUGCAGCCCCUAAUGCAAGACACGGAUCCUUUAUAGCAUCAGCUGAUACUAAGUUUGGAUGGGAUUCACACUGUCAGGUACAACCCAUCACCUUCAAUUUCUACUGAACAGAGUAGAAAAUCCAGUUUCAAUUCAGGCUUUUAAGAGUUAAAACUCUAUGUGCCCCAUACAAGUCUUUCUGUACAGCUAGGUACAGAUAGCUAUAGGUUUAAAAAGAUAUUUUGUGAUGACAAAUAUUGUAAUGGUUAAUCUGCCCAAUCAGAUUUAUUUUAAAAAAUGAGAAGGGUGAAUUUGGGAAGGGAAUAUUAAUUUAUCUUAAAUAGAUAGUUAUCUGAUGACCAAAUGAUGCAUAUUCAAUAUAUUCCAAACUGUACAAAAUGUUUAACAGAAUAUUUUUAAGUUGUUAAAUGCUUUAGAUGAAAGUAAAUCUAACAAAGUUUAUUUUAUAACUUAAAAAAAAUUAUCUUAAUACUACUUUUGCAAUUUUAUUUUAUUUUCAGCAAAAGAAAAAAAAAAUUAUUUACCAAACUUUUUGUAACAUACUUUCAAUAUCAGUAAAUUGUAUUGAUAUUGUUUUUGUGUCAUUCCAUAUGUAGAUAUCUUGUGCAUUUUACAUGGCAGGAAUCAUAUUAAAUUAUUGUUGGCAUGGACACUAACAGUAUUUAGUAAUUGCAUUACAUUGCUAGUCAAUGUUUUAAUUCUCUUUGAUAAGUUCUAGCACAGUUUGCUAUUUGUAUAUCUGCACAGGCUUGUGAAUGUUUCGUCCAUAAUUAUCUAUAUAAAAAAAAGGCCGGAACUGCUUAUCUCCUCUGUGUUCAUUAAUAUAGCAAAGUUGUAUAUUAGGUAUGUUGUGUAUCCUUUAGGAAAAAAAAGGCAAAUUAUAGCUUGGUAAAUCAUUAAAUCUAUUUCCUUUAAAUUUUUAAAUUUGAUGUUUUUGCCCACGAGAAUGUACAAAUUCUUUGACCAUAUCGAAGUGGUUCUGCAUCUUACUCAAUAAAUUUGUAUAUAUACUGUAAA